AACCCUAAUUCUUCUCUUCCUCUCUCUCUUCUCUUCUUCACUUCACACACGAACACUCUUCAAUGGCUGUUGCCGCCGCUCGCCCUCUUGUUUCGGUUCAGUCCCUUGAAGGGGACAUGGCCACUGAUGCGGCACCCGGCGUCCCGCUGCCCGACGUGAUGAGGGCCUCAAUUCGGCCGGAUAUUGUUAGCUUUGUUCAUUCCAAUAUCUCAAAGAACAGCCGCCAGCCCUACGCCGUCAGCAAGCGCGCCGGCCACCAAACCUCCGCUGAGUCCUGGGGUACCGGACGUGCUGUGUCCCGUAUUCCUCGUGUCCCUGGCGGUGGUACUCACCGUGCUGGUCAGGGUGCUUUUGGAAACAUGUGUCGUGGUGGUCGAAUGUUCGCUCCAACUAAGAUCUGGCGACGUUGGCACCGAAAGAUCAAUGUGAAUCAGAAGAGGUAUGCUGUUGUUUCGGCUAUUGCGGCCUCGGCUGUUCCAUCGUUGGUUCUUGCUCGCGGCCAUCGUAUCGAGUCUGUUCCUGAAUUGCCUCUUGUUGUGAGCGACUCGGCCGAAGGCGUUGAGAAGACCUCCGCUGCAAUCAAGGUUCUCAAACAGGUUGGUGCUUUUCCCGAUGCUGAGAAGGCCAAGGAUAGCCAUGCGAUCCGUCCUGGUAAGGGUAAAAUGAGGAACCGUCGCUACAUUUCUCGCAAGGGUCCGUUGAUUGUUUACGGAACUGAGGGCGCUAAACUUGUUAAGGCCUUCCGUAACAUUCCGGGAGUUGAGAUUGCCAAUGUUGAGAGGCUUAAUUUGUUGAAGCUCGCUCCUGGUGGUCACCUUGGAAGGUUUGUGAUCUGGACCAAGUCUGCUUUUGAGAAGCUUGAUUCUAUUUAUGGAUCUUUCGAGAAGCCUUCAGAGAAGAAAAAGGGUUAUGUCCUCCCAAGGUCUAAGAUGGUGAAUGCAGAUUUGUCAAGGAUUAUUAACUCUGAUGAAGUCCAAUCUGUGGUGAAGCCGAUUAAGAAGGCUGUUAAGAGAGCUCCAUUGAAGAAGAACCCAUUGAAGAACUUGAACGCCAUGCUCAAGCUUAACCCGUAUGCCAAGACUGCUAGAAGAAUGGCUCUUUUGGCGGAGGAGCAACGUGUUAAGGCUAAAAAGGAGAAACUCGACAAGAAGAGGAAUUUGACUACAAAGGAGGAGGCUACUUCAAUCAAAGCUGCAGGCAAGGCAUGGUAUCAGACGAUGAUCUCCGACAGUGAUUACACCGAGUUCGACAACUUCUCGAAAUGGCUCGGCGUCUCUCAGUAAUUUCGCUUUUCUUUAUUCAAAAUCUCAUAGACCUCAUUACUUCGGUAAAUCUAGUUUUGUCAAGGAGUUGAUAUUUCUUGCUUGGAUUGUUGUUGCGUUUAGAGUUUAGGAGAACAAUGAGUGAAGUAACAUGAUAAUUUACCUUUAGCCUUUUGCUCUCCCAUUUUUAUCUACAUUCCUCCUCUUUGUUCAUCUACAAGGAGUGUGUAGUAGUUGCCUUUUAUCAUGUCACCAUGGUGAGAUUACAUCCACUGUGAUAUGCAAUUCUUCUGCUUUUAAUGGUCAUUGUUCUUGAUGCCCUUUUAUUCAAUGCCA